AAUGUAAGAAAUAAUCCCAAAAGGUAAUUGACUUUGUAAAGCCACAUAAAGCAAAAAAAAAAAAUGACAUGCUGAGAUCAGCGGCUAAUCAGCCUGAGUCUGCUGAGUUAACGUGACUGCGAGCAACAAGACCUAGCUGUCACUCAAGUGGCCACACCCUUAAUUAUGCGGACUUGAUAUGAAUAAAAGUGGGUGAAAUUUAAAAAAAAAAAAAAUUUACCCCCUCACCGUUGGCCAUUUUAACAUGGGGGUCAAUAGAAAUCAAUUCCUAUAGAAAUCUAUUUGCUCUAUUGUGAAGCCAGGCCUAGUGGAGUUUCCAUGCAUUGCAGUUUCAAUUACAAUUGGUUAUUUUACUAGUUACAAUCACAUUGAUUGAUUAUAUCCGAAGUUAACAUUGUGACAUAUAUUAAUAUUUCACAUUUUCACUAAUAGCAAUCAGUUAUCAACAACUCAAUUAUUGAUAUCGACAAUAAAAUUGUUGAUUUUAAGAUUUUUUAUGCUGAGAAUGAAUUAACGUCUAAACAGCUUGCCAUAUUGUCAACAGUUGGCGCGUUUUUUUACAAUCCUCCAAUGCGCGCGUCUCGCCGUGAUGACGUCAGUGCCGACGCGAGCAUCCAGCGUCGAGUCUUCAGAGCUGAGCUGAGUCUUUCACGCUUUUUCUCGUGUUUACACAACAAUAAAACACACUUUACAGUUUAUUAAAGCGACAAUCUGCGACUAGUUUCUGCAUUGAGUUCACCUCUAUCUGUGUGUCUGCUGACCAAAACAAUACAGCAGGCAGAGAGGAGCUCUGAGAGGACAAUAUGACUCGUCCUCCUUCAGUUCAGCUGUAAAUACUGGAAUAUCCCCAUCAGUCUACAAGUGAAGACGAGCAUCAGACCAUCAGGAAGAAGAUUGAGGAAGCAGUGAAUUCUGCAAAGACAGAGUUUAUUGAAGGACAGUGAGAAGAUGAGUGAUCCAGAACCCUGCAGAAUUAAACAGGAAGAGACUGAAGAACUAAUAGAUGUGAUUGUGAAGGAGGAGAGUGAAGAUGAGGAGAAACAUCAGGUCAAAAGCGAAGAAACAACUCACACAAAGACUGAACAUGGCAUUUCAGUGAAAACUGAAGCCGAAAAAUGUUUCAUCUGCGCUCUGUGUGGGAAGAAUUUCACGUGCAAAUACAAUCUCAAGCGUCACAUGAUGAUCCACACUGGAGAGAAACCUUUGAAGUGUUCACACUGCGAGAAGAGAUUCAGACAUUCAGGACACCUGAAAGCACACGAGAGGACUCACACCGGAGAGAAACCGUAUCGCUGCACUGACUGUGGGAAGAGUUUCAAACAAUUAUGUGUUCUACGAAAUCACAGAAAUAAAGGUCACGACCUGAUAGUGAAGAAAGUAGAAAGAGUGAAGACAAGAAAGAGUGACGACAAGAAGGUCCAACGUAGGGUUCAUACAGAAGUGAAGCCAACUUCAUGCUCUAUGUGUGGAAAGAGUUUUACUCAGCGGGCGCAUUUAAUCCAACACCAGAGGAUUCACACUGGAGAGAGACCGUACACAUGUGAUCGAUGUGGGAAGAGCUUCAAUCAAUCAUCAGCCCUUAAUCAACACAUGCUGACCCACACUGGAGAGAAAACACACAAAUGUGAUCACUGCGGCAAAACGUUUUUGAGGUCUACAGAUUUGACGAGACAUCUUAAAAUUCAUACAAAGGAGAAGCCUUACUCGUGCUCUGAGUGUGGAAAGAGUUUUAGUCAGCAGGCAGAAUUAAAAUACCAUCAAAAGAAGCACACCGGCGAGAUAGAGCAUGUCUGUUUUGAGUGUGGGAAGACUUAUGAUACAGCUUUAGGCUUGAAAAAGCACCAGAAGAUUCACUCUGGAGAGAAACCGUACAAGUGUUCACACUGCGACAGGAGAUUCAGAGUGUUCUAUAUGCUGAAAGCACAUGAGAGGAUUCACACUGGAGAGAACACGCAUAUAAUACUGGAAUAUUCCCAUCAGUCUACAAGUGAAGACGAGCAUCAGACCAUCAGGAAGAAGAGAAAUCUGCAAAGACAGAGUUUAUUAAAGGAGAAAAUGAGUGAUCCAGAGCUCUGCAGAAUUAAAGAGGAAGAGACUGAAGAAAUAAUAGAUGUGAUUGUGAAGGAGGAGAGUGAAGAACUGAGUGACGAUGAGGAGAAACAUCAUGUCAAAAGUGAAGAAGAAACUCAAUCCGAGACUGAAGAUAGCUUUUUAGCCGUAAAUGGUUUCAUCUGCUCUCUGUGUGGAAAGAGUUUCAGGCGUAAAUGCGAUCUCAAUCGCCACAUGAGGAUCCACACUGCAGAGAGACCCCACAAGUGUUCACACUGCAACAAGGGAUUCAAUGAUGCAGGAUACCUGAAAACACACGAGAGGAUCCACACCGGAGAGAGACCGUACACAUGCAGUCUGUGUGGGAAGAGUUUCACACAAUCAUCAAGCCUUAACACACACAUGCUGAUCCACACUGGAGAGAAAAAACACAGAUGUGGUCACUGCGGCAAAACAUUUUUAAGGUAUACCGGUCUGAAGAACCAUGUUAUAAUUCACACCAACGAGAAGCCUUAUUCAUGCCCUGAGUGCGGGAAGAGUUUCAGACAUCUGUCAAAUUUAAGAGACCAUGAGAAGAUCCACACUGGUGUUAAAGCGCACGUGUGCUUAGAGUGUGGCAAGAGUUUUAUUACAGCUCGACAAUUGAAACGACACCAGACGACUCACUCCUUUUAAUUGAAUGGAGAAUUGGGAACAACAGGUUGAAACUGUUGUGCUGACUGAAGAGGCUUAGAUGAAGUAUGCCGAUGACGAAGCUUAUUAGUGUAAGUAGGCGCCCAGACUAUUCAAACCUUUAAAAACAAACAGCAACUUGUACUGAAUCCUACAUUUGACUGGAGUCAGUCAAGAGACAAUAAUACUGAUCAGCCCCCGUUUACACGAAUGUGUUUUAGUUUGAAGUUUUGCUACUGUUACGCUAUCCAUCCACACUACGCCGAGCGCCGAAAACAGAGCACGCUGGAGAGGCUAUUUUCAUUCUGAAACGCUGCUGCUCCGU